AUGCAUAAAGAAUACGGAGCUCAGCCCGGGGUCGUCUCCGGGCGAUCACCGUCCUUCUUUCAGCAGCCUUACAGCCAGGAACCCGACCCUCAGCUUUCUCAUUACGAGCACGCCCUUGAGAAAACGCUCCAGCAGCGUCAGCAAGAGCUGCAACACGAGUUGGACCUCGUGGAGGAACGCGUGAAAAUUCAGUCACACUCUGCGCAGGCCGAAAUGGGGCGACAAACGGAUCACAGGCGGUCGGAGUUACACUCGCUGCAGGGGCCUCUCUCCCAGCCUUAUCCAGGCCACAUGCCACAUCACGAACAGCUUUCAGAACACCCCUAUUUAGUCCGCGAGAAUCCGUCCCAACCAGAUCAGAGAGCUCCAGCAGAGCGUUACGGCCAGAGUUUCCACGAGGCGGCGCGGACAACCCCCCAAACGCUCGAACCCACAGGAAAAAGAGCCGCAGAGAUCGGGACAGCAACCGGACAGCCAGAUGUCUUCGAUGAACAAGUGCUCGAGGAAUUGCGUCGCACCGGAAAAGCGGUCGUCCACACCACCGGGGGAACUUAUGUCUUCUCCCCUUCAGAAGACGGCCAGACUAUCCACUGUGCUGUAUAUCCACCUGGCACAUUUGAGUCUCGAGGUAACGAACUCAGAUUUGAAGAGGAUGCCCGUUUCCCUCCUUCGGCGGCGCUUCCCGGGGAUAGCGACUGGGAGGGGGACGGAGGGUACCUGUUUUAUCCUAACGGCGAGUUCCGCGACGAAGAGCAGCGGAGCUACGUCGAGCGGCUCCACCAUCUGGGUCAAGAGACACGAGUUCUUGAGGCGGUGGAACUGAAUGUUUCUGCAGAUUCGAGAGGCUUACCGAGCACCAGCGCGCCGGGUAUAGUGGCGACGGAGUCACCCGUUGAACCGUUCACAACCGCUUCGGCGAGUCGUUAUUACACCCCAGAAACUCAAGAGGAGCGGUUCCCGACAGAGCGCCCCAUGGUCCCCUCUUCGUCAGUUGGAAUGGGCGAAAGCAUCAAAGGAUACCCACAGUAUCCCAAAUCGGGUCCCGAGGAAUAUCCAGAGCUGAGAUGGGAGCAAAUGCAACAGCCCAGCAACAAAGCAGAAGAAGUGACAUCAAAUCAACGACAGGCCGCCCACCACAUUCUUGUUCCCAACUCUCACCAGCUGCAAGACAACGCCCCCAAGCUGGUGGAGUUUUGCCUGGACGCUUUGGAGUCGGUUGGACGUCCUAUCUGCAAACAAGGAAGCUAUCUUUCAGUGGCUGCAUACGUGCACUCUGUCGAAGAAAACAAGCCCCACCUGAGAACAUCUCCAGUACCCAUCGAUUCGAAUGGAUGCGCGGACUUUCGAGGAGCGCCCCUGCAAAUGAUCUGGAGAGGCGAGGAGUUUGUGCACAUGAAGGUUUACGAAGAGAGGCAAUACGAGGCGAUGGGAGAGGCCGUGGGGUUCCUCAAGCUGCAGUUUGCAUCGUUGAAUGCAGAGAACGCGCCCAUGAAGGUUAUGCUGGUGGGAAAGGAAAACGAACCUAACGGCUUCCUGAUUCUUCGAUUUUCCAUCUUGGGUUCGCUGACGUCGGCCAGUAGUCACUCUCAAGGGCCUUUCCCUGUGCCUGCACUUGCCGUUCCCCAACUCGGCAGGAGUGCUGGUGUCUCUCCUGUCGAGGCGUACUCUACGAGGGACAACCUCCCCUCCUAUGACCCGAGCAAUUACGCUGGAACGUCGCCCCCGAGUUCGGCUGGGCCAGGCAACCAAUUGCCCACCCUUCCUGUUGGAUUCCUCGGGCAAGCGUCUGAGUACCAGGACUUGCCCCCCCAGUACCACGUGGCCCACGCUUCUGCUUUCGCGUCUCUGACAGACGCCUACGGCCGUGGAUACGCACAAGAGACAGCCCCAGAUGCUCGUGGCAUUGAUAGACGAGCACCCAUCGACGGUUCGAGCCACGGCGUAGAGGGGCAAUUCAAACCGGAGGCUGCAGCUAUGCAAACACGAGUCGCCUCCCCUCAUUUGCGCGGGAGUCCAAGCCUGCGUCUGGCGUUGCCUUCGCCCUCUUCCGGUUCUCACCAUGGUGUAACUGAGGCUCUCGACGCGAGAGGGGAGCAACGCGUGGCACCGAAGAAACCUGGAGCAACAGCCGCGCAGAACCCGUCGAAACAAGUUGCGCGGAGAUCGCUCCUCCAGCGCUGGCGGCGGGGGUGGUGUUGCGAGAUGAGCACAGGCGCCGAUCUCAACUGA